AUGCCUCGCAACUUCCGGCCUUCCGACCCGGAACGAUUUGGUCUUACAACGAAUUGCGUCGACGUUGGCCCCGAUUUCGUCCACUGUGCCCUGGCGGCUACCAAGCGACCUCCCAUCCAGAUGUUUCCCCCUGUCGGACUUCUCUACACGGUGGUUCAGGGCUCUUUGCUGCUCAUCUCGUGGCCCCACACCGAGCACAACUUUGAAGCGUGGCUCAAAGCAAUUCGUACGAGGGAGCAGAUCGACGAGUGGGACGUGUUGGACGAGCUCGAGAAUCCCAGAAUCAACAUGCUCAGCACCGGAGACAGCGUGUAUCUAGCCGCUGGUACGAUCGAUGUCAUGAUGGCCCUAUCUCAUGUUGCAUUGACGAGCCGAACCAUAUUCAAUCCAGCGUCGCAAGAGCUCAAGUGCAUCAGCCGGACCUGUCAUCGCCUCAUCGAUGCCUUCAUCGAACGCCAAAGGAUCGCCUUCUCACCAUCCGACUUCCGCGAGGCGAAGGGGAUGAGCACGAGUUUCGUGUUGUGGACGCACUUUGUCUCGGACUGGUUUUCUGAUAAGACAGGGAAGACCCCUCGACACGGAACGAGUCAACAAGAUCUGAUCGACUUUUGCUACGACAUCACUCGGGUGUGGACCAAGGUCGGACUCUACUUCGAGCUCGUCAGGGAGGCCGGCGAACCUUUGCGACCUUUGCCUGCGGAAAGGCUGCGUGUGCAGCCUUUGCGUGCACCAAGACCUGGGGCCCGGGCCCAAGCCAACGUGGCGGAUAACCGGCCCGACAACGGCAAUGCCUUGGCUGCUUUGUGUCGACUGCUGCAGCCUCGCUUCUCUUUUUGA